AUGCCUGAAGCCGAAGCUUGCUCUUACUGCUACACAACUCGCCUCCAGAUGAUGCAACAUACGCCUUACUCGAUGUACGACCACUAUUAUCAAGAGGUUCUAGUAGAACUGAAUAGCCGAUGCGGCCUCUCCGGACCUACCGACAUCCUUGAGAUCCCCUGGGCGACCAUCGAGGAGGAAAACGAGUUCUGUGUCUCGGACAAUUACUACACAACAGUCCAAGGAGACAACUGCACAUCCAUCGCAGCGGCAAACAAGGUCUCAUCCGCAUCACUUUACACGGGUAUCCAGGAGAAAAUUGUGGAUUGCUUCUCCAUUAAAGCAGGCCUCAAACUUUGUCUUCCUUUGACUUGCGACGAUACAUACUCCGUCGAGCCAACAAACAAUUGUACCGCGAUCGAGUACGCUUACUCGCUUUCAACCGGGGAUCUCUGCAAGUACAACCCUUGGAUCUCCUUCGACUGCCAGCAAGAUUUACGGCAUGAAUCUUUGUCUAUCGGCACCCGGUGUAAAUCAAACGGGUAUAGUGAGGCUUGGUCUCCCCCACCGACGAACGCGACUGUGGCCGAGGGAACAACCCUCAAUUGUGGAAGAUGGCAUGAGGCUGCUGCCAAUGAGACCUGUGUUGGAAUUUGUGCCCAGGAAAGUAUCACACAUGCUUUGUUCCUGGCUGUCAACCCUUAA